AUGAAGUUGUGCAAAGGACAUAAAUACGGUAUUCAAUGUAAAAGUGAAACACAAGGCAUGUCCCCGCGUGUAUCCGUCUGUCGUAAAAGUAAAUGGAGCAAUGAUAAUCUACGAGAAUGUGCACACUCUCGGGUUUGGUUCCAAAACAGACGAACGAAAUGGAGAAAAAAGCACGCCGCAGAAAUGGCAACGGCGAAACGUAAACAGGAGGAGUUGGGUGAAGAGUGUGAUGAACAGGAAUCGCACGAGGCAGAUCAGUGUAGUGAUGAUGAUGAGGCCAAAAGACCACGUCUCGAAGCUCUUCACCUCCACAUGCCGCAUCACCGUCAG